CUCGAACUUCAAAACUUCCACCGCGGGCCUUUUCGUUUGUCGCCGCCCACUCCACGCUCCAUCACCCUCUGCCUGGAGCAGAUUAUAUAUCCUUUCCGGCUCAAGCUCUCGCUUUUAGAUCGGUUCUCCCUCUCUCCCGUCCUUGUCGCAUCUCGGUCAACUCUCGCCGAUUUCUUGCGCCUUCCCGGACUCGAAAAUCUUCCCCUCCGACUGCUGUCAAGCCUCGAGCCUCCCGCCUCCCUUCAAAUCUUUCCCUUCUCACGCUCUCCUCUCCACCCACAACACCCAACAUGGCGGCCGUCGCAGAGAAUGGUCACGCUGUGACCGAUGAGAAUGCCGCGCCUGCGGUCGCUGCCUCGUCCGAUGAGGCGAUUACCGUUUUCCACAACCCCGAGAACUUCAACGUCAAGCACCCGCUCAUGCACGAGUGGACCCUCUGGUUCACCAAGCCUCCGUCCGGAAAGGGCGACAACUGGAAUGAUCUGCUGAAGGAGGUCGUCACAUUCAGCUCCGUCGAGGAGUUCUGGGGCAUCUACAACAACAUCACGCCAACCUCCGAGCUGGGCCUCAAGGCCGACUACCACCUCUUCAAGAAGGGCGUACGACCGGAGUGGGAGGACCCCCAGAACAAGCACGGUGGCAAGUGGUCAUACCAAUUCAAGGAUAAGCGGUCCGUCCCCAUCGACGACCUGUGGCUGCACGCACAACUUUCCGCCAUCGGCGAGACCCUCGAGGGCGACGGCGACAACGAGGUCAUGGGUGUGGUCGUGAACGUGCGCAAGGGCUUCUACCGUGUCGGUCUGUGGACUCGCACCGUGGGCAAGAGCAUCCCCGGUGACAAGACUACUCGCACGCCCGCACAAGGUAAGGAGAUACUGGAGGCCAUCGGUCGGCGGUUCAAGGACGUCCUCCGUCUUAAGGAGGCGGAUGUCGUCGAGUUCUCCGGUCACACCGAUAGUGCACACAGCGGCAGCACCCGCGCCAAGGCCAAGUACACCGUCUAAAAAAGCGUUGACCUUUUGGAACUCUUUUUCUUGUUCUUUUUUUUGGGAGGUCCGCUUGCCCUUAUUGCCAAUACCCCAGGAUGGAAAAGGGGGAAGCGGAAGGGGCGCGAACGAGAUGGAGAUGGAACUGCAGGUGAAGAUAGAGACUUUAUGAUGAAGGGAGAGAGACUUACAGAUGGGGACAUUCAGGAGAAAGAUAGGGUUCUGCCGGGGAUGCGGAGAAAAGUUGAUGAUUCCCCAGUCUCUCUUAGCCCUGCUGCAUUUGUUCUUUGCAGUAACGACCUGAUUCCUUGCGACGUGUAUCUUACUCUACCAAACGCAUUUUAUGAGACAUAUGUCGUGACUGCGGUGUUUCCCAUUCUUGUAGAGUAUGACCUCUUGUAGCAUAGGGGUUUGGUCUAUCUAAACCAGCACUGAUGAACGCUCAAUAAAGGGCGCCCCUGGGAUUGCCCCGACGAUAUGAUAUGUCUACCUAGU